AUGCUCCACCCGUCUCCCCGCAUACAAAGCCCAAGCGUGGACUCUGAACCCAGCCCUUUGUCUAGUUUGCCUUUUCCCUUGUACUCUGAAUUCCCACCAUAUAGUUUCUCGAGCCUCUGGGUCCCUCCUAAGCCACCUGCGUGUACGAUUAAUUCACAAGAAGCAGGUGCGGGCUGGCGGGAGCACAGUGCCUGGUCACGCUGGGCGCCACGGAAACUACAACUCCCAUCAGGCCCCGCGGCCGCAGGGCCCCACCCCGCCACCGGCUCAGCCGGCGGCGGAGGCGCUGGGCUUUCAUCCGCGGAGCGGCGGGAGCUCGAGGCGUCGGCGCGGACCUCUCCGACGGUCGCGGGGUCGGCAGCACCCUCAGCCAGGCUCAGCUUCUGCGUCCGCGUCAGCGGGAGGAUGGUGGUCCGCGUGUUCGUCGCCUCGUCCUCGGGCUUCGUGGCGAUCAAGAAGAAGCAGCAGGAUGUGCUUAGAUUUCUGGAAGCCAACAAGAUAGAGUUCGAGGAGGUGGACAUCACCAUGUCAGAAGAACAGAGGCAGUGGAUGUACAAAAACAUCCCCCCUGAGAAGAAGCCUUCGCAGGGCAACCCUCUGCCACCUCAGAUAUUUAAUGGCGACCGAUACUGUGGAGACUAUGAUAGUUUUUUUGAAUCAAAAGAGAGCAACACAGUCUUCUCAUUCUUGGGCCUGAAGCCUCGGCCAGCAUCCACGGCUGGACCUUAGAGAUGAAGAGUAGAAAGUGAUGGAGUUGCAUUUGGGAGCACCCCGGUACUCAACACAUACCUGCUUACCUGAUGCCUCACUGUGACAAAGCCACAUGCACAAUCGGCAACCACUUGACCUGGAGAAGGUGUUUUUGGAGGACCUGGGAAUAAUGGGGACUGCAUGAUUGUUCUAAGCUAAUCAGGGCUCUGGUGGUGGAUUUUCUUGUUUUCUCAUUUGCUUGUGAUUGCCUCGCUCACCUGGAAGUACUGUCUGUCCCCUGUUAUAGUGUGCUUCCUUAAUGACUGGUGGAUAAUUGGGCAGCACCAUCGGGGAGAACACGUUGGGUCUGCCCUCAGUCUUCCUAGACACCGGUAUUGCAUAAGCCCACUCCUCUUUACACUGCCUGCAUUGCAUCCAGGAUGGGCAAAUGUCUGAAUCAGAAAGAAAGGCAGUGCUGGUCGGCAAAGGACGUUGAGGGUUCUCACUGCGGAAUCACAAAUGUCCCUUCCCUGGUACUUUGUAGUAACGCCUGCGGGAGAUGUUGGAUGCUCUCGACUCCUUUCUGUAAUGGAAACCCGCACCCCUGUAAACUCUCCAGGCUCCUGCAGGUUCUUCCAGAACCACCAUUGCAAUAUCACACUGUCACAACCAAGUUACAGGACAGAAAAGGAUCACUGCGGAACACGUCUCCUUUGUCUCUUGCAAGGGGGACGUUUCACUAAAUGCAUAAGACCACUUGAGAGAUGUAUUUUAUGAAGUGCACUGCGUAACUAGUGAGUUAAUAGAAAGUUUGCUCUGUCUGUAUGCAAAGGCAUCUUCAGCUCUUGCAGUUUACUUACACAUGCACAUAGAUUUUUAAAUGCAGCUCCCCUGAGUAACAGCUGCUUGUUCUAUUUUGUGAAGGGAUUAUAUUUUUGGAGAAAGGAAAUGCUCGGCUAGAUCUAUUUUGUGAACCGUUGAUGAAGUGUAUUAGAAGGCACCAGUACUGCCGGCCGGGGCUGGGUUUAAUGGUAGAAUACUUGCAUAGCACACUCAAGCUGCUGCGCUCAGCUUCAGUACCAUGGAAAGGAAAAACAGACACCGCAGGCUAGUGUGAUUUCCCAUGCUACUUACAUUGUCUCUUUAUUUUCUUCGUUCCUAUUCAGACCAGUUCACAGCCCCAGACUUUUCAGAAUAACACAGACACGCAUUCUUGCCUGAUAUAUGAGUACAAGUGAGAUUUCAGAGCAGCAUAGACAAAAAAGGUGCUGUCUAGAGAGUGGUCCUGAAUCCUUCUUAAGCCAAGUCCCUGCUCUUUGGGUGGAUACUGGUGAACACUGAACAGUUCUCAAACAUAGGGCUAGCCUUGACUAGGAUAAACUCGGGGCUGACUGGACUCUCCACCUCCCCUAGCAGCAUGCCGCAGGACCUUUCACUCUGAUUCUGAGGAGGGAAUGUUUGAGAAAUUGAAAGAGCAAACUAGUGGCCCUCUCUGCCACCCCCGCCACGAGCUUUGAUAAAUGUUGACUGUUCUGCGGCAGUUUUUAGAAAGCUGAAGUUGGGAUCUCAGCCUGAGAUUUGCAGUCCUGUUACAGCCAGAAGAAAAGACAGCUUUCUUCAUGAAUGGACCAGAUGCUUGAUGUGCAAUUUUCUCUCCAGGGAAAGCUUGUCAAGUUGUGGAUAUUACUGGCUAGCUGGGAUUAAACAAGAUCCAGGACAAAUUCCAUUUGAUAAAUCCCAGAGACUUCCCAGGGAUUUGUUUGUUGUUUGUUUGUUUUCCUUUCUAACUGGUUAUUGUGCUUGAGUUUGUGAGUCUGCUGACAAGACACAUUUCUAUUUAAAAUAGAGCAAUCUUAAAAAUUAUCUCAUGAAAUCAGUCCAGCUUACAUUGAUUGAGUCUAUUCUUGCCAAUAAGUGCCAAGAACCAGUUUGGCAAAGUGAAGUCUUAGCAUGUUUUGGAUUGUAGGAACAACAUCAUACUUGUGAGGCAGAAAAGCUACCAGGAUUUGUCAUAUAACUUUUUGGUUGGUCAUACUAUACCAAUAUGACCACAUUAAACACACUGAAUAGAUGGUGUGCUUAGAAUUACUGUCGCAGUUGCAUGUCAUUUUCUUGCCGUGAUUCUUUUGCAGGCACACUGGAGAGUCAGCUGAAAAAACAUGUGAUGGGUGGUAGUUCCUCCUUUCAGUGGCUGGAAGCCCAGGAUAUGAGUUGACCAUAUCCCAGGCAGUGGUGUGUGUAGAACAUACUGGAUCUGUACUUAAAUGCCUACCAGUCUGACUGAUGGACUGACUCUUCUCUUUCCAUCUUCCUUUCCCUCUUUCUAUUGGCUGUUGCUUGAGAUGGAGUCUUGUUAUGUAGACCUAGAACCUAGUCCUUCUGUCUCCCAAGUGCUAAGAUUACAUACUUAGCUGAAAUAGUGUUCUUCUUAUUCCCUUUAAUUGGCUACCCUAGAUUUGGUCACCACCAUCUUCAAAGCCUAGGAAAGAAGUGCAGGCAUGGCUGUGGUGCCAGGGGCUUUCAAGGCAGUUGACUUCCUGGUGGGACUGAGAAAAUGGGCUGCUGACGACCGAAUGGUGCCAUUUUAACCUUAGGUGAAUGUGUAACUCCAUACUGCUAGGUGUCUGCAGACCAGAAGAACAUUUAGUUCAGGAAAUGCUUUGCCAAAUCCUGGGGGUUUAUUAAAAUCUAAGAGGAGAAAAAGAAGACAUUUUGCCCAUAGUUGCUAAUGUAUUGUAGUUUUGUUUUGUUUUAUAAAGUUAACCCAACAUUUACAUUUUUAU